GAAACGGUGCGUUUAGUCUAACAGAGAAACAAAAGCAGCCUGUUCAAGAAUUUCGUAUCACCUAAACGAUCAAAAAUAUUUAUGAGAAUUGGUAGAGAUGAAGAGUAUGCAACACUCAAUUGAUGUUUGACGAUGACGAUGGCGAUGACGGAGCAGCAGCAGACGUGCUUCGAUUGUCUCCGACGCCGAAUUGAAUCCGAUUUCUCGGAGCAACUGCUCUUCUGUUAUGGCAUAUCUGAUUCCGCUCUUCCCUUAGGCUCCUCCGCUGUUGUUCAGGUUUCUAAUUCUAAUGGAGUAGGCGGAGGAGGAGGAGGAGAGUCCACUACUUCAGCUUCUCACUUCAUACUGGAGCAGUUGCCGACUCACCAAUACGAUUGUUUGGCUAAAUGCGUUGAUGAAUAUAUUAAGCAAAAUAAUGAAGACAAUGACAGCCAUGGGAUUGAUGCUAAUUCAGUUACUGUUGCAACUAAACCACAAUCCCCACCACACCAGUCUUUACAUCUGCUAAAUGCCAAUUCAAAAGCAUCUGUAGAUUUUGUUGGAUCUGAAAGGUCUACUUGUGCUUAUUCUAAGAGCUUUUCAUGCUCCCGUGUAAUUAGUGCAUUGGCACCGCUUGCUCAGUUUGAUGUUUGUUCCUAUAAUGUCCUCAAAAAGAUUGCCUCUAACUAUUUGUCUGGGUUUCUGGAAGAUAAUGUGAUGCACUCGCUUAAUCUCCUGAUCCAAGGAAAAGCUUCAGGACGAGACAGUGUAAAUUUUCUUCGUCUACUUGGGAUACCAUAUUUUGACGAACAUAGCAUUCCUGGUUUCCUUAGGCACCCUAAUAUAGUUCCUGUUCUUGGAUACCUCAGAACAUCCGGGAAUAUUUAUUCUGUAAUUCCAAGAACUCCAUAUACUUUAGAAAGUAUUCUAUAUUUUUGCCCAAAUGCUUUAAAGUCCGAGUGGCAUAUAAGAUUUGUGGUGUAUCAGCUGCUUUCUGCCAUUGCUUUCUUACAUGGUUUAGGGGUUCACCAUGGUAAGAUACGUCCAUCUAAUAUAAUGCUAACUGAUUUAUGCUGGUCCUGGCUGCGCAUAUAUGACGAGCCAAAAUCAGGAUCUAGUUUAAGUUCAAGGGAAGGUGAAAGCAAACAUCCUGCUGCCUUUGCAAGAACCUGUUGUGGCUUGGACGGGUGCUCUUCUCAAGGGCUCUACAGAGAUUUGAAGCUUUCAUUGUCAAUGGAUUGGCAUUCCCAAUUUUAUAUGUGGUGGAAAGGAGAGCUAAGUAAUUUUGAGUAUUUACUCGUCUUAAAUAAAUUGGCUGGUAGAAGGUGGGGAGAUCACACAUUUCAUACUGUAAUGCCGUGGGUAAUAGACUUUAGCACAAAACCAGAUGAGAAUUCUGAUUCCGGGUGGAGGGACUUGAGCAAAAGCAAAUGGCGGUUAGCAAAAGGUGAUGAACAGUUGGACUUCACCUACUCAACGUCUGAAAGGCCACAUCAUGUAUCAGAUGAAUGCCUUUCUGAGCUAGCUGUCUGCAGCUAUAAAGCUAGGAGGUUACCAUUAAGUGUUCUUCGUCUGGCUGUUCGUUCAGUCUAUGAACCUAAUGAAUAUCCAUCCAGUAUGUUAAGAUUGUACCAGUGGACUCCUGAUGAGUGCAUCCCUGAGUUCUAUUGUGAUCCUCAAAUUUUUUAUUCUAUGAAUGCUGGCAUGACAGAUCUGGCAGUACCAUUAUGGGCAGGUAGUCCAGAGGAGUUUAUUCAGUUGCAUCGAGAUGCCUUAGAAAGUGAUCGUGUCUCAAGUCAAAUUCAUCACUGGAUUGAUAUUACCUUUGGCUACAAGAUGUCUGGGCAGGCUGCCGUGGCUGCAAAGAAUGUUAUGCUGCCUUCAUCAGAGCCCACGAUACCACUAUCAGCAGGACGCCGCCAACUCUUUACUCGACCACAUCCUGCACGUCUAGUUUCUGUAAGUAAGAAACUAUGUGGGGCCAAAUCAUCUUCGAUGGACAAAUGCUUGAUAAAUGAAGUAGAGAAUAAAACACCUCUUCUCAAUGAAGCUACUUAUUUAGAAAAACUAGAAGACGCAUCUGCAUUUUCUGAGCAUGCUGGUAAUUUGAGUCCUCAGUAUAGCUGUAAUCCAAAAAAUCUUGUAAAUGAUAUAUUUCCCGUUGAAGAAACAGCAGCUAAGAGUAGUGAUAAAGGCAUCUUUAAGCCUCUAGAAAUCAUUAAAAGAUAUGGAUUUCCAUCUGAUAUUAAUUUAAAUUAUCUUCUUGAGCAUAUGGAGGUGGAUGUUGAAGGUUCCAUGGGAUACCAAGAGUUACUUCUUUGGAAUCAAAAGUCCUCAAGCUUAGGUAACUCUCCUGAAGAUCUCGCGAAGGACAUGUUUUCUGUUGGUUGUAUCUUGGCAGAACUUUAUUUGAAGAGGCCACUUUUCGAAUCAAUCUCAUUAGCUACAUACGAGGAAAGUGGUAUUUUACCAGAAUCUAUGCUGGAACUUCCUCCUCAUGCUAAAGUUCUAGUUGAAGCUUGCAUCCAAAAGGAUUGGAGAAGGAGACCAUCGGCGAAAUGUGUUCUAGAAUCACCUUAUUUUCCCACAACGAUUAAGUCAUCCUACUUGUUUAUUGCACCACUUCAGCUUCUAGCAAAUAAUGGAUCUCAUCUUCAAUAUGCUGCGAAUUUUGCUAAACAAGGAGCCCUGAAAGCAAUGGGUGCCUUUGCAGCUGAAAUGUGUGUCCCUUUUUGUUUACCUCUUGUAGUAAACCCUCAGUUUGAAAUUGAAGCUGAAUGGGCUUAUGUUCUGCUGAAAGAGUUUAUUAAAUGUUUGACACCAAAGGCAGUGAAGACAUUAGUCUUGCCAGCUAUCCAGAAGAUUCUUCAGACUACAGGUUAUUCACAUUUGAAGGUUUUACUUCUCCAAGGUUCAUUUGUGCAAGAGAUUUGGAAUCUCAUGGGUAAACAAGCAUAUUUGGAAACAUUACAUCCCUUAGUUAUUGCAAAUUUGUACGUUGCUCCUCAUAAGAGUUCUGCUGCUGUUGCUUCUGUUCUGCUGAUUGGUACUAGUGAAGAGCUCGGUGUACCUAUCACAGUCAAUCAGACAAUCUUGCCUUUAAUUCACUGCUUUGGGAAAGGACUCUGUCCUGAUGGAAUUGAUGUGCUGGUUAGAAUUGGUGGUCUCUUAGGCGAGGGCUUUAUUAUUAGACAGAUGCUACCCCUGCUCAAACAAGUUGUUCGUUCUUGUGUCAACAUCUCGUUUAUGGAUACGCCGGAGCCUUCUCAGAGUUGGAGUGCAUUAACCUUUAUGGACUGCUUAAGCACAAUAGAUGGUCUAAUUGUAUUCUUGCCAAGGGAGGUGGUUGUAAAGGAACUGAUUGAAGAUAAGAGUUGUUUACACGUUACCAUCCUUAAGCAGACCAACUGGGAAAUUCCAGUACUUCAGGUUGCUGCUACAACUCUCAUGGCACUUUGUCAGCGAAUUGGACCAGAAUUAACAGCAUUACAUGUUCUGCCACAACUCAAAGACCUAUUUGAUGAGCUUGCUUUCUCACAGGAGAAAGCAUACGACUCUGGUUAUUUCAACAAAAACUUCAGCAUUUCUAAAUCCAAAGUAAAUGGGGAGGCUCAAAUUGAAAGCCGCAUGGAUCUUGUGUUGCUUCUGUAUCCUUCUUUUACAUCUCUUCUUGGGAUUGAGAAACUUCGUCAGUGUUGUACCACAUGGUUGCUUCUCGAGCAAUUUCUUCUACGAUGUCAUAAUUGGAAGUGGGAACAUUCAGGAGAGCCAUCUCGGAGUGGAGCUGAAAAUAUUACUGCAAAAAGGCCUCCUUUCAAUCAGACCUCAACAUCUAACUACAAUCCUGCUAAGCUAUUGCUUAAUGGUGUUGGCUGGUCGAUUCCGCAAUCACAAGGAAUCAGAGGUGCCAAAAAUUUGAUACUGCAGAGACAGUUUGAUGACAUCCAUGAGAAUUCAGUGGGAAGUCAUUUAGCAGCCUCAAAUCCUUCAAAGCGCGAACCCUGGUUUUGGUUUCCUAGUCCAGCUGGCAGCUGGGAUGGGCCUGAUUUCCUUGCGCGUGUUGGGAGUGCGAAAGAUGAACUUCCCUGGAAGAUUAGAGCAUCUAUAUUAUAUUCAAUCCGUGCACAUCAUGGAGCAUUAAGAUCUUUAGCUGUUAGCCAAGAUGAGUGUAUGGUUUUCACUGCAGGAAUUGGCCCAGGGUCCAAAGGAACUGUUCAGAAGUGGGAACUCUCAAAAAUUAACUGUAUAUCUGGCUAUUAUGGUCAUGAGGAGGUGGUAAACGACAUUUGUGUAUUAUCAUCCAGUGAAAGGAUAGCAUCCUGUGAUGGAACUAUUCAUGUCUGGAAUAGCAGAACAGGGAAAGUACUAUCUGUUUUUGCUGAAGCAUCAGCUGAGCCUUCACAUACUGCAAGCCCUUCAUCCUCUACAUCAAAGGUUAAUCUUGAUCAUUCCAAUAUGCUAAAUUCCAACACAUUAUCAAUUGGAUUACUGUCUAGUGCAUUUGAUGGGAGCUUGUACACAUGUAUGCACCAUUUAGAAUCUCUUGAAAUGCUUGUAGCUGGCACCGGAAAUGGUUCUCUCAGGUUUCUUGAUGUUACCCAGGGUCGAAAGCUUCAUCUGUGGAGAGGUGAAGCUAUCGAAUCUGCUUUUCCUUCUCUCGUCUCUGCCAUAUCCUCAUGUGGAUCUGACAAAACUCCAGCUGAUGGAACUUUUGCAUCACCAUCGUGGAUUGCAUCUGGACUAAGUUCUGGUCAUUGCAGAGUAUUUGAUGUCAGAAGUGGAAAUGUUGUUGCCUUUUGGAAGGCUCAUGAUGGAUACGUGACAAAGUUGGCUGCACCAGAGGACCAUUUGCUUGUUUCCAGUUCUUUUGAUAGAACUCUCCGGGUUUGGGACCUUAGAAGGAAUUGGCCUACGCAGCCCACCACGGUGUUCAAAGGUCAUACAGAUGGAAUAUCUUGUUUUUCCAUAUGGGGACAAGAUGUAAUUUCAAUUUCCAAAAAUAAGAUUGGCCUAUCCACUUUGUCUAGAUCUGCUAAAGAAGAAGGGCAGCAGCAAAUUGUGCCCCAGAAACUGUUUGCAGCUGAUCAUGGAAUGAAAAAUUUGUCAAUCUUAUCAACUAUGAGUAUUUUGCCCUUCUCACGAUUGUUUGUUGUUGGAACUGAAGAUGGUUACAUGAAAAUUUGUUGUUAGAUGUUAGAGUUAUAGCUUUUGUUAUUAGUAACUUAAAUCAUUUUUGUGAUUCAAAUAUAGGCUUGUAUUUUCAAAAUCUUAAAUUUAAACUUUGAUUUAACAGGAUUUGUAAGUUGUAACUGGGACUUUAAUACACAUUGUUAAAUUUAACCUUUCAAAUUGUAUGGCA